AUGAAGAAAUAUGAUCUGCACAGAACAAGAAGAUCUGAAUCUGAUUCAACUAAAUACAAUGCCUCGUCAUCAUCAAUAAGCCCCCAUAACCAAGAAUUAAAAACAAUUCGCACAAACCAGUUGAAAGAAAUGCUAAAACAGAUAAAGUCUCCAGCAGACUGGGAUCUGUACCUCAAAACCAGAGCAGAACUAGUGGAAAUAGGCAUAAGAGAAGGUAUUCCAGACUCUGUUCGUUCCCAUGCCUGGCAAUUUACAUCUAAGGGUUACCACCUUCUCCAUUCCUACCAAGGACUGUAUCAUCAACUUCUAACUCAAUCCAACUCUUUGUCAAAUCAGCCCUUGCGCAGAAUUGAAAACAUGGGGAUUGUUAAAGACAUUCAUAAAACUCUAGAGUCCCAGCAAUUCUCUAACCAGGCCAUCAGUACAGGGUCUCUGUACAAUGUCUUAAGGGCCUAUGCAAACUAUGAUUCAGAAGUUGGGUACACAGAAGGAAUGAGUUAUAUAGCAGCAUUACUUCUUGUCUACCUGAAUGAAGAAGAAGCAUUCUGGGUCAUGGCUGCACGGCUGAAACAUGAAGGGAACAGGGGACUCAGGGGAAUAUAUACAUAUCAGAUUUAUGAUUUGUGUGUUUUUCAGUUUGAGAGUUUAUUAAAGGAUCACCUCCCAAAGCUGGCUUCUCACUUUGAGAAAGAAAAAAUCAAAGCUAGAAUUUAUUUCCCUUGGUGGUGUAUGACAAUGUUUGCUGCUAGAUUUCCCCUGAACUUUGUUAAGAGGAUUUGGGACAUUCUUUUCACUGAGGGUUUAGAGUUUAUAUUUAGGGUUGGGUUGGCACUGCUGAAGUACUGUGAAGAGUAUUUGCUUAGACUGGGCUGUGAGAGCCUUAAUAACACUAUGACUCUCUGUCUGUUUCCUGAGGAUGCCCUGGAUCCUGAUAUGAUAUUGCCACUGGCCUAUUCUUUUAGGAUUGGGAACAACAGGAUGGAGGAGCUCAAGGUGGACUAUGAGAGGAGGGAGAAUCUCCCAUGCUUAAGACCUAUGGAGUGUGUCAGGAGGCAACCUUUUCAUAAGAAUAGUGGAAUACAAGGUGAAAAUUCUCUUGUUUAG